ACUCCUUAGAAUGCCUGUUUUCAAAGCCUGUCCCUCUGGGUUCCCAUUUUGCCUGUUAUUCCUGGUCCUCCUGCACCUGGAAGCAGCAAUUUGCCAUCCUGUUGUUUGUAAUUCCAUUCACAGCAAUUAUGGUCGGUGCUGCAUAAGAGAGUUAUGAUUCCAGCAGUAAAUAGGCAGCAAGAUCAAAUCUUGACUCAUAAAAUUAGGUUUCUUACUGUAAUUCCUGCUUGAUCCCAGCUCCACUCUCAUGCAAUGCACUCCAGAGGGUUAUUUUUGCUUUGCUAUCACAACCACAGCCAGGCAGGAUUUCAGCCUUCAUCUAGUUGGGCAUUUUUAAGGUUUGUUCUUCCUUAGGCUGUGAUGGUCUUCAGUCACUGAUGGGCUCUGUGCUGUUGGAUCCUUGCUCUCUUGCCCAGAAAAAUUACAUUUAUUUAAGAUACCUGCUAGAGAAGUUUUCACUAAAUUCUGAGCAGGAUGGGCUGUGCUCUAAUCCCUCUUUUCUUUCUUCCCUCAUUAUGGCAGGGACAUGGACAGUCAGAUAUGUUCAGCUGCAGUGGAUGCUGAUUUUUUUUUUGCCCUGCCAAAGGAGAAUUUGGAAUGAUAUCAUUGGUUACUCUGGGUCUGUGUUCUUAUCUCCUUUCUGCUUUGUGUGUUUUAAGCAGAAAGCCCAUAAUUUAUGGACUGUACCAGUGGGGUGGCUCGGAGAUCAAACACCGAAGGGAAAAAAAGCUGGCUGAGAGCAAGUGCCCCUGGAGGGAUGUGUUUUAUUAAUCCACUAAUUAAGAACACCCAAACAAGGCUAUCAGGAACAAGAUGCCCAUGAAGUUUAACCUCCUUUAGCCUUAAAAAGUAAAAAGUUAUGGAUCCUUUGUACUUUCCCAACGCGUUCGAGGGCGGUUCCGGCGGCGGGAAUUCCUCCCUGCUGACGAACACGACAGAGAACGGGACCCUCCCGGAGCAGCCCCCCUUCAAGUACGUCCACAAAGUGCUCAUCCCCAUCUGCUACCUCCUGGUGUGCGCCGUGGGGCUCAGCGGGAACACGCUGGUCAUCUACGUGGUGCUGCGUCACGCCAAGAUGAAAACGGUCACCAACAUCUACAUCCUCAACCUGGCCGUGGCCGACGUGCUCUUCAUGCUGGGCCUGCCCUUCCUGGCCACCCAGAAUGCCAUCUCCUACUGGCCCUUUGGCUCCUUCCUGUGCAGGCUGGUCAUGACCGUGGACGGCAUCAACCAGUUCACCAGCAUCUUCUGCCUGACGGUGAUGAGCAUGGACCGGUACCUGGCCGUGGUUCAUCCCAUCAAAUCCACCAAGUGGAGGCGGCCCAGGGUGGCCAAGCUCAUCAGCAUGACCGUGUGGACAUUCUCCUUCUUGGUGGUGCUUCCAGUCAUCAUCUUCUCGGACGUGCAGGAGGACUUCCAGACCUGCAACAUGAACUGGCCGGAGCCCGUCAACAUCUGGUCGGCGGCUUUCAUCGUCUACACCUCGGUCCUGGGCUUCUUUGGGCCUCUGCUGGUGAUCUGCCUCUGCUACUUGCUGAUUGUCAUCAAGGUCAAGUCGUCGGGGGUCCGGGUGGGGUCUACGAGGCGCAGGAGGUCGGAGAGGAAGGUCACCAGGAUGGUGGUGAUCAUCGUGGUGGUCUUCGUGCUCUGCUGGCUCCCCUUUUACACCAUGAACAUCGUCAACUUGAUAUUCAUCCUGCCAGCAGACCCCGUGCUGGAGGGCUUGUACUUCUUUAUGGUGGUGCUGUCCUAUGCAAACAGCUGUGCCAACCCCAUCCUUUACGGGUUCCUCUCUGACAACUUCAAGCAGAGCUUUCAGAAGGUCCUUUGCCUGCGGAAGGGCAGCGGCGUGGAGGACGGGGAGCCCGUGGAGCACAGGCAGGAGAACAGCAGCCGCCUGCAGGAGUCCAUGCUGACCCAGAGGAACGUGGAAUUCAACGGCCACAUGCAGACCAGCAAGGUCUGAGGGCGUGGGUUGGGGCUGCAAAGGGCUGGGAGAGCUGGAGAACUUGGGGGGGCCUCGAGGAGAGAUGAAUUCGUGGCAAAGGUGAAAGGUGGAGACCCACAGGCUCCAGUAAAUGUACAUAGAAGUGGCUUCACUCCCCUCCCUUCCCCAGCUCGGGGUGGUAGGGUCUGUGCUGGGCUGUAGCCAAGCUCCUGUGGUGACCUGGGUCACGUGGGAUCACUUUGGGUCCUCUGGAGAACUGGUUUCCAGGCUUUGUACUGCCCUAGUGAUGCAAAACCACACGAAAUCAGUUUUAACUGCCUUGUUAAGCUGGGCUUGUGGCUGCUUUGCACUGUUGGGAGCAGCUCAAAGCAGAAAACAGCUCAGACAGUGUCUCUGGAAUCCUUCAAGGGGAUCUCUUACGAGAAAAGUGCUGUUUCUUAAGAGUUUCAUACCCAAAAGGCCCCAGCACUGACCUCCAAGCUGUGCAUGACCCGUGGUUGGAACGUGCUGGGUGCUCCUUCUGCAUUGGUUUAGUGUCAUGAACCCACCUAAGGGAUUCAUGGUGCCCAGGAAUCCUUCAAACACACCAAGAAUGAGGAAAAAAACCCCAUGAUUAGGAAGACCUAAAUCCUAAAUAGGUCUAAAUCCUAAAGGAUUCAGUGUAUUCAUGAUGUUCUCACAUUCUAACCCAAAGUGAUGUAACCACUCUGUUGUUCUGUCGGUGCUGAUCAUUGUGAAGCCCCGGGGGGCUGUCGUGUGUAUUUAUUGGUUCUGAAUGUCAGUCUGGACGUGGAUAUAAACUGUAUUUUCAGAAAUUAAAACAAGUUCAACCCCC